UAAUCUGAGAGCAACGUCAGCCCCACCCUCUGUGGUUUCUGAUUCUCAGAGACUUUCAGUUUCACUACUCUCCUCUGCUGCCAGCGAUGGCGUCUGCUGAUCUGAGAAAGGAGCUGGACUGUUCCAUCUGCCUGAGCAUUUAUACAGAUCCUGUAACCCUGAGAUGUGGCCACAACUUCUGCCGGGUCUGUAUUGAUCGUGUGCUGGAUACACAGGAGGGGUCUGGAGUUUAUUCCUGUCCUGACUGCAGAGCAGAGAGUCAGGAGCGUCCUGCACUGAUACAGAACAUAACUCUGUGUAACAUAGUGAGGAGUUUCCUGUCUACUCAUCCAGAUCAGGAGGAGACUGGGAUCUUCUGCACUUACUGUAUUCACUCUCCUGUACCUGCUGCUAAAUCCUGUCUGCAUUGUGAGGCUUCUCUGUGUGAUAAUCACUUGAGAGUACACAGCAAGUCAGCAGAGCAUAUCUUAUCUGAUCCCACCACCACCCUGGGGAACAGGAAAUGCUCUGUCCAUAAGAAGGUCCUGGAGUAUUACUGCACUGAGGACACUGCCUGUAUCUGUGUGACCUGCAGUUUGGCUGGAAAACAUCGUGGACACCUGGUGGAGUUGCUGGAUGUGGCCUCGGAGAAGAAGAAGAAGAAACUGAGACAUAUUCUGCAGAAACUGACAAUAAAGAGAGAGGAGGCUGAGAAAAGAGUCCAGAGCCUGCAGGAGCGCAGAAUAAAUGAUCAGGAAAAAGCAGCUGGUGUAACAGAGACAGUCACUGCCCUGUUUAGAGACAUCAGGAGACAGCUGAAUGACCUGGAGAAGAGAGUCCUGAGUGAGAUAUCCAGGCAGGUACAGUGCGCCUCACUCCCAGUCUCGGAUCUGAUCCAGCAGCUGGAAAUACAGAAGGACGAGCUGUCCAGGGAGAUGCGUCACAUUGAGGAGCUGUGUAAUCUGCCUGAUCCAGUGACUGUCUUACAGGAACCAGACACAGGUGAUUGGUGUGAUGCUGAGGAUAGAGAGAGACCUGAUAACCAGGACCGUGGUGUGGGAGAGCUGGAUGUGGGUCACUUAUCAGAGACAUUACACACAUUAUAUGAUAUAUUGACCAGUAUAAAUGAAGGAAUCUAUGUCCAGGAUUCUACUGACAGACUGCAGGAGGUAAACCCAGCAGCUGGUACAGAAUCAGACAAGGCAAUGUUUGUAAAGCCAGCGGGUAAUGCAGAAUCUGACAUUAUAACUGGUAUAAAAAUAGGGCUCUAUGUGCACCAACCUACAAAGAUAAUACUGGAUAUAAACACAGCUGCUAGUAAUAUAAAUAUACCACAAUCUAUCACUGAUAACUCUACAUUUAAGUCUAAGCCUAUAGAACCAACCUGUGCAAACUGGUCAGAUUACGCCUGGUAUUGUCCAGAUAAACCGGAGAGAUUUCAGCAUUAUAACCAGGUGUUAAGCACCAGCAGCUUUUCCUCAGGGCGACAUUACCUGGAUAUGACUGUGAGUGAAUCAGGAUGGUGGAGUGUAGGGAUGAGCUAUCCCAGUAUAGACAGGAGAGGAGAUCAGUCACGCAUUGGGUAUAAUGACAAGUCCUGGGCUUUGUGCAGAGGGUGGUAUAACCGAUGUUCAGCGAUACAUGACAGGAUAGAGAUCUGUUUGUCCACCUUUCCUGGUAGCACUGUGGGGAUAUAUCUGGACUAUGAGGCUGGACAGCUGUCCUUUUAUGAUCCAUCUCAGCAGAUGAGACACAUACACACCUUCACUGCCACCUUCACUGAGCCCCUUCAUGUUGCAUUAUGCAUAGGGAAGGGUGCAAUUAUAUCUGGGACAGUCAGGUGCUGUAAAAAAUAAUCCUAAAACCCCCCACCUGAGACUGGUGACAUCACAGAGAGGGAGGUCUGAUUGGUAAAAUAUGCAGCCAAUAGAAUGAAGCAGUGGGUGGAGCUACAGCUGAUCGCCUCCACUGUAGAAUUACCAGAUAUCCUUUUUCACUGACUGGUUGUAAUGACUGCCUGUCAGCUGGUGUAUACCCUAUUAGUGCAGUCAGGCGGUGACUGAGAUAAUGUCUCAUUUAUAACAAUACAAAGUUGGCUUGGACUACAAAUACCAGCAUGCCUCAUUUAUUAACUUGAUAUUUGUCUCUUUAAAACUUAUGCUGCAUGGAAUUGUAGCCCUGGAUUGUGGGGCCAAAUUAUCAAAUAGACCUGAAAAUAACUAUUUUCUACCAAUGAUCAUGGCGGCAAUAGAAAAUAAUUAUUCGGGCCAGUUUAGCAAAAAUAAAUGUUCGGUGCAUCUGAGUGACGCUGGGCUCUCCAGUAAUACUGCCGGCAGCAGUAAGCAGAGACUUGCCGCAUCACUGACCUUCCCCACGCAGAGUUCAUCAAAUGAAAAAGUAUACAUAAAAAACAGAAAGUAAUGUUAAAUAUAUAUAUACUGUAUAUAUUUAUACUACUAUAGUUGUAAUAAGCAAAAAAAAUUAUUUACUGUAAUAAUAAAACAUUUUUUUCUUGUUUAUUUCAUCACUUUCCUAAGAUUACGAUAAUAUAAAAGAACAGCUGUGGCACAUGCGCAAUGGCUAAAAAUUGCUCCAGUUGCGUUAACAACGGUUGUUUGCGUUCCCAUCUGGAUCUGGCCCAACAUGUGGUAAAUUGCUGCCUUUGCUUUGCAGGAAUACUCGGCGAUGGCCAUCACAGGCUGAUGAGAUUACCAAAUAGACCUGAUAACUAAUAAAUAUUCCCCUAAAGGUGGGUACACACUGGCCGAUUUAUAUCGGCCGUUCUCUUGAACGGCUGAUAAUAUCGCCGGUCCGUCGGCCAGUGUGUACGGGCGAUAUGUCUGUGAACUCCGUCAUUCACAGACAUAUCGUGUUGGCCCCGCAGCACAGCCGACAGCCAGUAUAUAUACCAAUAUAUUGGCGCGUCGCUGUGUGUGUACGGGCGACCAGCCAGUCGCCCGUACACAUGCUGCGACAGCCGGCGGUGAUUGACAGCUGAACUGGGCAGGUGUGUGUACACGUCCACCCAGUACAUGACGUCAGUCCCUGACUGAUCGUGCAGUGUGUAUGCACAGCACACUGCCCGAUCCGUCCAUAGAUAUAUCUGCCGAUCAAUUGAUCUGCAGAUAUAUCUAUCAGUGUGCACCCACCUUAAGAACCUAGAGAAGUCGGUGAACAAUCUAUAAAUAUGGUUUAUUAUAACUAGACUGGAUGAAGGUCCCUUAUUAAGCUUGGUGUCUAUUACCAGGGCCCCAUAGCAAAUAUUGUUUUGCAGGGGGUUCAGACAAAGUGGAGUUACAGCACACAACAUGUACAAUGAUAAUUUGGUGGGCGUCCUUACAUGGUAUUGCCUAAUAAUGGCAGCUUGUUAGAAUAAUAUCAGUUUAUGUUAGAAAUGUUAGUGUUUUGUGUGUAUUUUUGCCUGUAUUUGGUAAUGGCUUUAUAGAAAUGUAACAAGAUGAGCCUAUCACACGACUCCCUUUUGGGCGUCACCAAUGGGAUUGUAAUGUGGUAUGAUAAUGUAUUCAUGUAAAAUUUCCUGUUAGUUGGCGUCUAUAUCUGUAGCUGAGAAUAACUGUAUGUAAGUUUGGUCUGUUCAGUUCUGACUACUCUGCAUUGAUAAAAAGCCAGUGCCACUUGUUAUAGCAUUUAAAUAAACUUGUAUCUUUAGCACAA